AUGAAGGGCGAGAUCCUUCAUAUUCACCUGGGCCAGGCUGGCACCCAGCUCGGAAACUCUGCCUGGGAGCUUUACCUCUUAGAGCACGGCCUAGGCCCCGACGGCCGUCCCGACCCCAAUGGCCCAGAUGUCGGCGACCCGGGCUCCUUCGAGACAUUCUUCACCGAGACGAGCAGCGGCAAGCAUGUGCCUCGCUCCAUCUUCAUGGACCUAGACCCGUCCCCCAUCGACGAGAUCCGCACCGGCCCCUACCGCCAGCUUUUCCACCCCGAGUUGCUUAUGAGCGGCAAGGAAGAUGCCGCCAACAACUACGCCCGCGGCCACUACACCAUUGGCAAGGAGAUGGUCGACAGUGUCAUUGAUCGCGUUCGCCGCGUGGCCGACAACUGCCAGUCUCUCCAGGGCUUCUUGAUCUUCCACUCCUUUGGAGGUGGUACUGGCUCCGGCUUCGGCUCCCUUCUCUUGGAGCGCCUGGCUACCGAGUACGGCAAGAAGACUAAGUUGGAAUUUGCCGUCUAUCCAGCGCCUCGCGUCAACACGGCCGUCGUCGAGCCUUACAACGCCGUCCUGUCCACUCACAGCACCAUAGAGAAUUCCGACUGCACCUUCCUUGUCGACAACGAGGCCGUCUAUGACAUUUGCCGCCGAAACCUCGAUCUCCCCCGGCCUUCGUACGACCACCUCAAUCGCCUGAUUGCCCAGGUCGUCAGCUCCAUCACCUCGUCGCUCCGCUUUGACGGUGCCCUCAACGUCGACCUCAACGAGUUCCAGACCAACCUGGUCCCCUAUCCUCGAAUUCACUAUCCCCUGAUAAGCUACGCCCCGGUCGUGUCCGCUGCCAAGAGUGCGCACGAGAGCUUCAAGGUCCACGACCUCACCUUCCAGUGCUUCGAGCCCAACAACCAGAUGGUUGUCUGCGACCCUCGGAACGGCAAGUACAUGGCUGUUGCUCUGCUGUACCGUGGCGACGUCGUUCCCCGCGACUGCACGGCUGCCAUCACCGCCUUGAAGGCCAAGGCAUCGUUCAACCUUGUCGAGUGGUGUCCGACUGGGUUCAAGCUUGGCAUCAACUACCAGAAGCCCGUGGCAGUCCCGGUCCCUGCCGAGGACGGCGGCCUGGCUUCCGUCGAGCGCUCCGUCUCCAUGCUUUCCAACACGACUGCCAUUGCCGAGGCGUGGUCUCGACUCGACCACAAGUUCGACCUCAUGCACAGCAAGCGUGCCUUUGUGCACUGGUACGUCGGCGAGGGCAUGGAGGAGGGCGAGUUCACCGAGGCCCGCGAGGAUCUCGCUGCGCUCGAGAAGGAUUACGAGGAAGUCGCCGCAGACUCCUACGAGCCCGAGGAAGAGCCCGAGUAUUAA